AUGGUCAAGAUCAGCUUCGUCCUCGUCAUUGCAGCUUGCGCUAUCAUGGGAAACUCCAUACUCACUGAAGCUGCAAAUGCCGGGAGCUCGUCGAACAACACUAGCGGUAGUAUUGACGUUGUGGUUGGCGACGAAAGCAAAUCAAACGAUGCCAGUGGCAGCGUUGCUACAACCGUUACUCCGGUCUAUGACAACAGCGCCAGUACUGACAUUGACACCACCACAAGCCCUACGGCCACCACAGCUACCCCCGCCGUUGAUGAUGGAAGCGCUCGAACCGACUCAAGUUCUAGUGAUUUUGCCGAUGUUAGCGAUGACAGCAGUUCCAGUGUUGACACAGACACCAUUAGCCCGUCCGUCACCACAGCUACUCCUUCUGUCGACGCUGGAAGCUUUCAAAGCGACUCAAGUACCAUCUCAUCGGUGGACGACAGUGCUAGUGUUGACGUUGAUACCACAAGCCCUACCGCCACCACGGCAACACCAGCUGUCAUUGGCGAUGGUAGUGCGCUACCCGACUCAAGUGCUAGCAGUGCUGCCGAUGUAGGAGAUGAUAGUACAGUUGGUGACACUAGUAUUACCACCGAUGCGCCGACCCUAAAGCCGACGAUGGCAAACUCUGGCACCCCAGCUCCGACAGCCAAAGGAAGACCCGUUCCGAUUUCUGGUCAGGUCAAACUUGUCCCUGGCUACGAGGACUGCGGUGGAUUUGGCUUCGACUACAUGCCUUACAUGCCCAAGAGUGUGGACACGAAUGCGUAUACCAUGCUCACGUGCGAGAAGGGAUACCGAUGCCAAGAGGUCCAAGGCAGCAACACGUACCGUUGCAAGGAGUGGCCGAGUAAUGAUCCUGUCCCCUUCUACGGCCAAUGUGGUGGUGGUAACUACGACGGUCAGACGUUCUGUGCUCCUGGAGCCGUGUGCAAGUAUAUCAGCGCCAGCUUCUCGCAAUGUCUGCCGACGUACUAA